CAUUGGAGGUGGGCUCUGGCUCUAUUCUUACCCUUUCAGCGUCACAGACAAUUACAAGGCUUCAAAUUCGUUCCUUUUAUGAUAAAUCCUCCUCUGUCACCCGCCAAACAUCAACCCAAUGGAGCAGAAGCAUGCAAACGAGCACCUUCAAUGGGCUGCUAUUGAGCAAGAUGAAGAACAAGUUCAGGAGGAGGUCGCCUGGGAAGGAAGGCAGGCCCGGAAGCAACUUCAGGACAACAUUGUUUCCAAUGUGAACCUAUCAUCAUCAUCUUCUCCUCCUACUGCCAAUGGAGGUAUUGGGCAUGCUAAUGAUUAUGUUCCCUCACUCGAUUCUGAUCCGGAGAAACUUCUUAUUCGGAAAGGCGAAAAGGUUGCAGGGAUGGGCGAGUUUAGGGGAGAUGAUGACAAUCAUUGUCAAGAUGCAAGAGCUGAUAACGCCGCAGUUGCACCUGGACUUGUAGCAGAAUUUGCAGGAGCACCAUCUAAUGGAGAGGCUGUAACUAGUAAAAACUCUGCUGUAUCUCAGAAUAAGAAUAGCGUCUACUUUGACAAGCUAGAAGGAAAAUGGAAAUGUCACCACUGCACCUGGACCAAGCUAUUUGACAGUCUAUGGACUAUGCCCAUUUCGGAUCUUAAGCAAAACUCUGACUUGCCGAUGAAUAUCAAAGCCAUGAUCCAACAAGGACCAUGUUUUGUUUGUGAAGCUAAAGACAAUGAAGCCAAUAAUGUAUCUAAUGAAGUUCAAAAUGGAGAUGGUGCAAGGUCUGUUCUUCCCACAUAUAAUGGAGUAGGAGAAUUCAAUGUACAAGUGGAAAAUCCGAACAUUCAAGAAAGCGCAUGCAAUGGAGUCAACAAUCAGGAUAUGAAAACUGUGAAGGGCAAUGGCCCUUCUAAUUCAAAAUUGUUGCUGUUGCAUGAUUCGUCUGAAAUAACAAAUGCUGAUGCUAAGGAUUUUGAUGGUGAAACUAGUACAAAAGCAGACCCUGAAUUGAUAGAGGAAAUUGACCAACAACUAAAGGAACUUAAUGUUGAGGCUGUAUUGGCGAAACAAGAGACACAUGAUUUGUUCUGUCCUAAUUGCAAUUCUUGCAUCACCAAGAGGAUUAUUCUCAGAAAAAGGAAAAGGACCAUUUGUAAUUUGGACAACAAAUCAAAGCGUGAUAAGUUGGACCCUAUCUUUAUCUCCGAGAGGGUGGGUAAGCUAGCAUAUGAAACCAACCAAGGUGAUCAUGCAAAUUCAACUUCUGAUCCUGGUCAUUUAGAGCAGCAGCCACCUGUUGAUAACGAUCUUGUGCAAGAACAAGAAGUAUUUAGAUGUUUAGAAUGCUUCAGCAUUUUUAUUCCCAGAGGAAAUUGUUUCAAUCUGUCCUGGAAUUCCAGGCAUGCUCGUGAGCAUGAAACUUCACAAAUAACUUCAACUAUUCCUGCAUCUGACAUGACGAGUUCUUCAAAUAUAACCAUAUCACAUGUGCAAAACUCUUCAAGUGUUGCAAGUUCGAAUGAUAGCUGGUUCUUAUCUCUAUUUACCCCAUAUAAAGGGAAGACAUGUAAUGAGCAAGGUAAAGCUUCCUCUAAAAAUUCUAAAAAUGGUCCUGCUGGACAAAAGCAUUCAUCAUCACUUGCUUCCAAUGUUAUAAACUCCCCUGAAAAUGGUCAUCCAGACAGCCCUGUUAGUGGUACAAGCAGUAUUGAUAAUGGAAAAGCUGGCCUGAUGUUAAGCCUGGGCAUGGAGGACACGUUACUGCUUACUUCAGCAGAUCGCUCAGAAGUAAAUACUGUUAUAAAUUUGCCCUCAAAGAAUUAUUCCAGCAAUCUAGUACCCAACCAAGAGAGGGAUCUUUUAGCAACUGCAAUUACUAGCGAAGCACUUCUAAAUCCUGCAGAACCUGCAAAAGAUGCCACUCUGAAACCUGGUGAAGGGGAACCUGAUUUUCUGGUUCUGUCAAAUGUAGGUUCUAGAAUGCCUGAGAAGUCAUUGACGGACAUAAACAAGACGGCUGAAAUUUUUCAGAAUGGCUAUUCCUCAUUGAUAAUUCAAGCACAGGUUGCAAAUGAUGCAGCUACCGGCAUGCAAAGUUCUGGAGUAAAUACAAAAAUUUCAUCCGGAGAAGACUUUAGGCUGAAAAAGAAAGUGGAAGAGAAUACUGAGGGCGAAACAAAACCUGCAGUCAGUGGUAUGACAGGGGGUGAUGUGAUAGUUGAUGUUAAGGAGGACAAAAUCAAAGCGGGUGCCUCUCAGAUGGCAGAUACUUUCCCAAUUAAUGGUGCUAUUCUGAGAGACACAACUACUCCAGUUUAUGUUGGCGAACAACCAAGAGCUGAAAUUGGUGAAGCUCGUGGAUGGGAAAUACUUAAAAGUAUUGUCUAUGGAGGUUUAAUCGAAUUAAUCACAAGUCUGGGAAUUGUGUCAUCUGCAGUUGGCUCUGGUGCUGCCCCAUUAAAUAUCAUAGCGUUGGGAUUGGCAAAUCUGAUCGGUGGACUAUUUGUCAUUAGCCAUAAUGUGAAGGAUCUACAGCAAACGAGCACGCAAGAAGAUCGGUAUCAAGAACUACUAGGACGACGGGAAAACUUUAUACUUCAUGCAGUUGUGGCUAUUUUAUCAUUCCUGAUAUUUGGGUCUGUUCCUAUUUUGAUUUACGGCAUCUUGAUCCGUAACAAUUUUCAAAUUGAAUUUAAGCUUGCAGCAGUAGCAGCAACUUCUCUUGCAUGCAUCAUUCUCCUUGCUAUCGGAAAGGUUUACACCAAAAGACCGCCCAUAUCCUAUUCCAAGACUGUCUUCUACUACGUUGCUAUGUCACUUGCUGCCUCAGGGGUGUCUUAUAUAGCUGGUGGCCUGAUCAAGGACCUCCUAGAGAAGUUGAGCAACUCAGAGUCAGGUUUUGUCAUUGCUAUGUCCCUUUCAGGCAAAGGGACAAUGGAUGCAGCGUGGAGAUCUUACUAAUGAUGCAAGAGAAGAGAGAAGCUAUUAAAGGAGCCUUUUUUUUUUCUUUUGUUUUUUUUUUU